CCACGUACAGUACAGUAUUUCUGCCAUCUUUGUUUGCAUUGCAGUGAGUCAUCAAAAGUCUGUCUUGCACCAACACCCGGAGCCGUGCAUUCCUCUGGCACCAACGCGCCACUGUUUUUAAAGCUGGGGCUGGGAGCUGGCAUUUACUUCAGCUCCCAAAUCAAAGGCGGCUAUUCAUUCCCGAGAGCUGCCUGGAUGUUCGUCUGCAUCCGGCUGCUUCAUUGAGAUGCUGCGCGCUGCCCGGGAGAGCCGGCCUGGGUGCAGCUGAACUGCGGCCGCUGAGCCCAGCGCCCAGCUCUCUGCCACCCCCACCCCUCCUGCAGGGCUCCUCACGCCCUCCCCACCUCAGGGUUCCUUGCUGCAUUCCCCGAGCAGCUGGCGGGCCGGUGUGCGGGAGCCUGCUGCCAGGCUGAGUGGGCAGUGUCUGCCGCCGGCCACAGCCGCUGAAGAUGUGCCUCAUCCAGGCUGCCCCACGUUGAGUCUGAGACCAGCCCACCACAGCACCCACCAUGUCUCAGAUGCUGCACAUCGAGAUCCCCAACUUCGGGAACACAGUGCUCGGCUGUCUCAACGAACAACGCCUGUUAGGCCUCUACUGUGAUGUGUCCAUCGUGGUCAAAGGCCAGGCCUUCAAGGCCCACCGUGCAGUCUUGGCCGCCAGCAGCCUCUAUUUCCGAGACCUCUUCAGUGGUAAUAGCAAGAGUGCGUUCGAGCUGCCGGGCACGGUGCCGCCUGCCUGCUUCCAGCAGAUUCUGUCCUUCUGCUACACAGGUAAGCUUACCAUGGCAGCCAGUGAGCAGCUCGUGGUCAUGUACACAGCCGGCUUCCUGCAGAUCCAGCACAUCGUGGAGCGGGGCACAGAUCUCAUGUUCAAGGUGAGCUCACCCCACUGUGACUCGCAGACCGCAAUGAUCGAAGAUGCCAGCUCAGAGCCCCAAAGUCCCUGCAACCAGCUGCAACCGGCCACUGCUGCCUAUGUCACGUCUCCUUCUGUGCCCAUCCCGCUUCUGACCCGUGUAAAGCAUGAAGCUAUGGAGAUGCCGCCGGCCAGUGGCCCGGGCCUGGCUUCUAAACGCCCACUAGAGACGGGCCCUCGAGAUGGUGUGGCAGUAGCUACAGGUGCUGCAGGGACACCUGGCACGGCCCCUCUGAAGCUGCCUCGUGUCUCCUACUAUGGUGUGCCAAGCCUGGCCACUCUCAUCCCCAGCAUCCAGCAGGUACCCUAUCCCCCGGGGGAGCGGACCAGUCCUGGGGCCAGCAGCCUGCCCACCACUGACAGCCCUACCUCCUACCACAACGAGGAGGACGAGGAGGAUGACGAAGCCUAUGAUACCAUGGUGGAGGAGCAGUAUGGCCAGAUGUACAUUAAGGCCACAGGAAACUAUGCAGUGCAAGAGAAACCGGAGCCAGUGCCCCUGGAGAGCCGCUCCUGUGUCCUCAUCCGUCGAGACUUGGUGGCACUCCCUGCCAGCCUCAUCAGCCAGAUCGGGUACCGCUGCCACCCAAAGCUCUACUCGGAGGGAGAUCCUGGAGAGAAACUGGAGCUUGUAGCAGGCUCCGGGGUCUACAUCACACGUGGCCAGCUCAUGAACUGCCACCUGUGUGCAGGAGUGAAGCACAAGGUCCUGCUGCGGAGGCUCCUGGCUACCUUCUUUGACAGGAACACACUGGCCAACAGCUGUGGCACUGGCAUUCGCUCCUCCACCAGUGAUCCGAGCCGAAAGCCACUGGACAGCCGAGUCCUGAACGCUGUGAAACUGUACUGUCAGAACUUUGCCCCCAGCUUCAAAGAGAGCGAGAUGAACGUGAUUGCCGCAGACAUGUGUACUAAUGCUCGCCGUGUCCGUAAGCGCUGGCUGCCCAAGAUCAAGUCCAUGCUUCCAGAGGGUGUGGAGAUGUACCGUAGUGUCAUGGGUGCGUCGGCCGCCAGCCUGCCCCUGGACCCCGAGUUCCCAUCUGCGGCUUCACAGGUGUUUGAGCAGCGCAUCUAUGCUGAGCGAAGAAGUGAUGCAGCCACCAUCGUGGCUCUGAGAACUGAUGCGGUGAAUGUCGAUCUGAGCACUUCAGCCAACCCUGCCUUUGAGGCUAAUGAGGAGGUGGAUGGGGGUGGCUCUGUUAUCCAGGAGGUGGCUGCUCCAGAGCAACUGCCUGCUGAUGGCCAGAGCUCUCCUCAGGCCUUCGAGCAGGGCAACACCAGCUCCAGUAGGCCUCAGACACCAGUGGCCACAGCAACAAGAAGGCCAGAGGGCACCUAUGCGGGGACCUUGUAAGUGGCCGGCAAGGCCAACUCACAAGGGACCGAGUACUAAAGCUGCUUGCAUGCGUUACUAAUACAAACAAAUGUGAUCAAGCCACUUACCUACUGAACUGCUACUGCUGCCUGACAAAAAUGUGAUUUUUAUUCUGCCUGUAUUUAAAAUGGAUGAAGGAAACAAAUGCAUUCAUUAUACUGUAAACAUUUAGGCCGCUGGCCACUCUCUGGGACAAAGGUCCCAGGGCAACUUUUUGAUAUUCCCCAGCUCAGUCUCCCGUGGUAGUGUUCUCUCUCCCUUCUUGGGGAGGCAGAAGUGACCACCAGGUCCCUGAUGUCCUACCCUGACCCUGCCUCAUCCACCCUUCUUAUUCCCCUGCUCUGAAAGCAGAAGCUGGGGCAGCAGUGGCCUGGGGCUGGAGGGGCAAACACGACACUCCAUUCUUACCCAUAAGGACCCCACUGGGAUGGUGGGGGGAGUGCUGGGCCCCCAGAGGCCGGACUUCUCUUGUUUUCAUUCCUCCUAAGAAGCUGCCUGCGUGUGUGUGUGUGUGUGUGUGUGUGUGUGUGUGUGUGUGUGUGUGUAUGCGGAAAUAAGUGAGCGAGAGAGAGAGAGAGAGAGAGAGAGAGAGAGAGAGAGAGAGAGAGAGAGAGAGAGAAAGGGGGGCAGGAAGACCAGUAAUGGCCCUGCAGUAGCUGUGGCUGGUCACCUGGGGGUGAGGGAAAGAUGAGGUGUUCCCCCCUCCAUACCUGUGUCCUCACUCUGCUCCACCCAGACCCCCAGCGGCUGGCCUGCUGAUCUCCCCAGGGUCUCUCUGCCCCUGGCCAUGGCUGCCCUCACCACCCUCUGCCUCUCCAGCCACUCUGGGAUUUUGCUUGUUUGCUGUUUUUGUUUAGUUCAGAUCUAUUUUGUUUGUGGUUUGGAAACUUUCAGACCGAACAGAGAAAAAAAAAAAAAAAAGAAAGAAAAAAAAAAAAAGUGAGAGACUAGUGUCCCUGUUCCCACCCGCUAUGGAUUUGGGUGAACACAUGUCCAUAACCCCCAUCUUGGCCUCCCAUUGGAGGCAGAGGGGCCCAGGAAAGUACAGCUAACUGUGUACAGCCAAGCUAUGUGCUGUGUGGGCCUGGCCAGCAGGACACUGCUGCCUGGGGUAGGCUCAGCGCUCACUGGGGGCGCCUGUGUAGUAGCAGGCACAGGCCCUACAGGCCUGGGCCAGGGCAGUUGGCAGGUGUGGAUCGACCUCACUGGGGACCAGAAACUUAGACUAUCAUGAGGACGGCACCUGCGGGGGCCGUGGAGGACAGCUGGUGGGCAGCAGGCUGGCGCUUUACCGUUUUAAAGUGUGGAAUAUGCUCCCAAGGCUACCUUCCCAAGUAUCUUCUCUUGGACUCUUGUCUGAGGACUGCCUGCCCACCUGCAAAACCCAGCAGCUGUGGAGGUGCCCAAGGACACCCAGGAUAAAAAACUUGAAAGGUCUCGUCCCUACCCCUCUCUGCAUCCUGAGUUUGCUGCCCUGUGAACUCCUCCUGUGUGAUGACAUACAUGCCAACCCAUGUAUAGUCAUAUCUUCCCCUCCCCUCUUUUGAAAGACCUGUGGUAUGGAAAGGGAAGGGGGCAGGUGCUGUGGGAACUGAGCUGAGCCCUUCCCCCUGCUCCUUGGUAACCCAAGCCUGCAUUCCUAGGGCCAGUUCAGAGGCUAGCUAAUAUCCAGCUCCGGAACUAGCUGCCCAGAGAUGGACCUCUCACCUCUCCAUCUUACUCAUAGGUAGGUUGGAGCCCCAGCCAGCCCUUUAGUGACUCGGACCAAACCCUCCUGGUGCUGGGUGAAGACCAUAGAACUGCAGGGGGUACGGCAGGAUUGGGGACAGGGCUGUGCCCUUCCCCUCUGGAAUAUCCCUUCAUCUGCUUCCCCCACCCAAAUUUGCACUUUAAUUUGACCAUCCUUGGGGACCUUUGGGAGACAAACCCACCUAUUUUGGUUGUGGUAGAAGGGCUCUUUCUCAUCUCUCCACUCCAAGACGAGCAUGGUCCCACCCUGGGCCAGCAUAGGGAGGGUGCUGCUGGCCAUCAGAGGAACAGUGGCCGCACAGAAUGCCUGACCACUGCUCGGGCUAGCACAAUGUCCUCAACCUCUGUCCCUUAGUGUUUAUAAUUGCCAUCUGUUUUGUUCUGGGUAAGGAAGGCAAGAGCUAUAGGUAAAACUUCAAUAAUAUUAAAUGUGAAUGGGUUCUGAGCUCUCCCUGUGCCCCGGGUGGGCCGGACAGAGCGUUUUGCACUAAUGUGUCCCAUGGUGGACGUUGUGGGGAUCGUUUGCAGACAUGCAUGGCCAAUGACUGUACCUGCUUGGGGGGGCACUCCCUCUGCGUCCUGAAUGUACUGCGAGGCAGGCGGGUGGCAGGCCUGGGCUCCGAGGGGCCUUCCAGAGUGCCUUAGCAUCUUUUGAUUAUUUUUUUCAAGGAAAACCAAUUAAAAAACCAGACUCCCUCCUUUGUUUACAAGAUGACUAAUUCCAGAAUCGGGGCUGUCUUGUCCUGUCACGUGACCCUGACUUGUCCAGACCCUAUAGGUGAGAACCUCUCAGCAUUUGUCAGAUGUCUACACCUCUGUUCCUAGCUUGACUACUAGCAAUAUGCACAUACUAUGUAGAGUCUAUUGUAGAAACGAUUGCUAUAUCAGCAUCUUUGCCAGGAGGACAGUCGGGACUGGAUCGGGUUGGAGCUGCCGGGGCAGGGCUGGAUCCAGCCAUUACUCUUCUGUCCUCCCAGAACGGACAAUAGUCCCUGAGGCAGCUGGGAUGAAUACAGCAGGUCUGGGGCAAGGGACCAGAGACAGGGCUCAUAGUGUGAGCUUGGAGGUUCUGCCUGUUUGCCUGGCUGUCUCAGUACUUGAAUUCUGUAUUGUUUUCUAUACCAGUUGCUUCAGCUAACAUCUGAUUUGGUGUCUUACUUUGCCCUUGGAUGUGGAUGCAGCCAGUGAUGGAUGAAAGGCAAGUGAGGAGAGACUGAGGGGUCCUUUGUGGUGUGACUGCAGGUGUGGGCCCCGAAGAAAACUAAAUGUGUGGUGUUUGUUUAGAACCUAAAAGAAGGCAGAAGAAAGGGGCUGUGAGACUGAUGAGCGGACAGGGCCAGUCCCGUCCAAGGGACUGUGGGGUGCCUGCUGCUACCUGCUUCAAUAGCAGGAACUUCCCAAGCCCAGUGCUACCCACAUUGUGCUCUUGUCCCACUGUCCCCUGCUUGGGUUCCCUAAAGAUGGUGAUUCUUAGCUGACUGAAGAGCAGGUGGCUAUCAGCUGUUAGAACCUGCUCGCCGCAGAUCCCAGAUUGGAAUGGCGGCAAGCACUUUACCCACUGCACUGUGCACUGGGUGGACGGGUGCUGCUGCUGGGUGGUUCUGCAAGUCAGACAGCUCAGCCUGUGCUGGCGGAAGAAGGGCUCAAUACAAAGUGUUUCAAAAGUGGCAAAGGUGUUUGCUUUGUUUUGUUUUCCUAGAAAGGAAAAGGAUGCAGGAUCUAAAACAUUCUGAUUGAAUAGCCUCUGCUUGUGUCCCAUUGGUCGCCUCACUGCAAGCACGAUUGUGAUUUUUAUGUCAAAGGAAGCCAAAAUUUGCAAUACUAUUUUUAGCAGACAAAAAGAUAACUCAGUAUAAAAUGUAUAAAUAUUUUUGACUUGAACAUUUUGGGUGUCUCUGGGUGCAAGAAGAACAUUUAUCCCUUCAGUGGGAUGUUUGGAGAAAAGGACCCAAGGAAGAGGGUUGUUUUGAAGGCACUGUCCAGGGGUUAAAGUAGCAUCAUAACUCAUGACUGUUAGAAACUAAGUUAAUAAAGUCAUUGCUCCCCUACCUCUGAGGCGGCCUUCACAGAACCACUGAGCUAGAACAGACACCACAUCUUGGCUUUCUUCUGUUUUAGGGCGGAGGAAGCUUUGGUUUUUGGUUUCUUUUGGUUUGUUUUUGUUUUGUCCCUCCAGCAUCCUCCUCUCUCUGUGCUGUGACCCCGUAGUGACAAGACUGUUACUUUGUAGCCAUGGCUGAAAACAUUGUAUCUAUAACAACAAAAACAACAACAACAAAAAAAAAAA